AUGAUAACAUCGCACUAACCAAAGUCCCACCGAUCCACUUCUAGAGACACGAAAACGGAAUAAACUGAUCCAUAAAUCAUGAGUGUGUUUUUGUUUUUCCUAAUUCUGGUGUUUUGCCGCAAUGCCGUUCAAGUGCACCGCAGUGCGCUGAAUGAUUUCCAGCGUUCUGAGGGAAGAGAGCUGGUACCAUGGAAAGCUGACCGUGUCACUAUACUCCCUGGAAUCACACUGGAGGAGUGCGCCAAACGCUGCUCAGAGAGCCUCGACUGCAGGGCUUUCAACUAUGUGUUUCGUCCAUCUGUAAUCUGUAAGCACUUGCCCUGGGUGGGCAACAAGGACAAUGCAAAGGUGAAGAGAAAUGUCAACUGUGACCUAUAUGAGAUGAAAGUUUAUAUAAGGAAGUGCAUUAUUGGUAAUGGAGAGGACUAUCGGGGAGACGUAUCUAAGACCAAGAAUGGGCGGACAUGUCAACAGUGGUGGUCAAAGUUUCCUCAUGAUCACAGAUAUACCCCUUCUUCCACUAAUGGUCUGGAGCUAAAUUACUGUCGUAAUCCAGAUGGGGACAGCAUUGGACCCUGGUGCUACACCACGGACCCUGAGCACAGAUAUGACAGUUGCAAUGUCCCCCAGUGUAAAGACGAGGUGUGUAUUACUUGUAAUGGAGAGGACUACAGGGGUCAGGUUGAUCGCACAGUGAGUGGAAAAGAGUGCCAGAGAUGGGACCAGCAAAAUCCACAUCAACACAUCUAUCAACCAGAAAAAUACCCUGAUAAGAGCCUGGAUGAUAAUUAUUGCCGGAACCCCGACGCCUCCCCUGUGCCCUGGUGUUACACCACUGACCCGGAUGUUGAAAGAGAGAGCUGUGACAUCCGCAAGUGCUUGUCUGAGUCAAAAUCAGCAUCGGCAAAUGGAGUGGAGGCUCCAAAGCGACGUUCUCGCUCCAGCUACACCACAAACUGUUUCCGAGGCCGUGGGGAGAAUUACAGAGGCAAUGUGAACGAGACGACUUCAGGCAUCCCGUGUCAGCGCUGGGAUGCACAAUCCCCCCACGAGCACCCAUUUUACCCCCACACUUAUGAGUGCAAGGGACUGGAAGAGAACUACUGCCGUAAUCCAGAUGGUUCUGAGGCUCCAUGGUGCUUCACAUCCAGAGCUGAGAUGAGAACGGCCCUCUGUCUACAGAUCAAACGCUGUGCUGAUGACAUUGAGGCUGAAGAUUGCUAUAAUGGGAAUGGAAAAAACUACAGAGGUAUUGUCCGCAAAACACGGAAGGGCAUCCUCUGUCAGAACUGGAACGUAAACACACCACAUAAAACUAAGAUUAACCCACAGACACACCCAGAGGCCAACCUGACAGAGAACUACUGCAGGAACCCAGACGGAGAUCUGCACGGACCCUGGUGCUACACUUCUGACCCCAAAACUGAAUUUGAUUACUGUGCAAUCAAGCAGUGUGCAGGGGAGGAUCCACCUAUCAUAAUGCCACCAGCGGGUGUAGAGUUUAAUGAAUGUGGGAAGCGUGAUGACCGAAUGAGAAGCAGGCUGAGGAUUGUUGGUGGCACACCAGGAAAUUCUCCAUGGACAGUCAGCCUAAGAGACAGGAAAGGAAAGCAUUUUUGUGGAGGCUCAUUGGUGAACUCAAAAUGGGUGAUCAGCACUAAGCAGUGCUUCUCCUCUUGCAGUUAUGUAGACCUCACAGGGUAUUCUGCAAUCAUGGGCACCGUGUACCGGGACCCAAAGGAAGGAGAACCUGACUCACAGUCCAUUGCUCUGAACAAAAUCGUUUGCGGGCCUUCAGAGUCACAUCUUGUCCUGCUACAGCUAGAAACUCCUGCAGAGUUUAACGAGCGUGUGUCACAAAUAUGUCUUCCUCCUGAGCGCUACAUUGUUCCAGAGGGAACCACCUGUGAGAUUGCUGGCUGGGGGGAGACCAAAGGAACGGGGGAUGAAACAGUGCUGAAUGUUGCUCAGAUGCAAGUGCAGAGCAACAGCGAAUGUAACAAGUACUUCAAAGGGCGUGUGAAACAGAACGAAAUGUGCACUACGUCUUUUUAUGGUGGAGUGGGGGCUUGUGAGAAAGACUAUGGAGGCCCUCUGGCAUGUCAGAACAGUGACUGCUGGGUCUUAGAGGGAGUCAUCAUCCCUAUGCGUCGCUGUGGACACCCGGGACAACCGAAUAUCUUUAUCCGUGUAUCGAUGUACGUAGACUGGAUCAAGAAGGUCAUGGAGAUGGCAUAGCUGGAAGGAAUCACUCACCCUGCAUUACAGUGUAUUCAAUUUAAGCAUUUGCAGAUAGCAGGGGAAAGAUAUCAGUUCUCUGCUCGAGUCAAAUCAAAUCUAGAUUGUUAAUAAUUACAAAUGAAUGUAAGUAGAGUAAUCUUCAGCAAUAAUAAAUUACUAGAGGAGGAUUAAAUGAUUGCUGUACAAGUUGUACUCAAGGCUAUGUUUGACAAAAUGUUUAUGAAUGUACUUAUAUACAGUCCUCUCUGAAAGCAUUUUUUUUUCUUUUGCUACACAUUGAAGACAAUUGGGUUUGAGAUCAGUAGACGAAUAUGAGGUGAUAGAUCAGAACUUCAGCUUUCAUUUCCAGAUGUUUACAUCUAGAUGUGUUAAACAACUUGGAACAUAGCACCUUUGGUGGCAGACCACCCAAUUAUUAGGUGAGCAAAAGUAUUGGAACAGAUAGUCUUAAAGUAAAUUAAAGUAAAUAACACUUAUUAUUUGGUUGCAUAUCCCUUUUUUGCAAUAACUGUGUCUAGCUGGUGACCCACUAACAUCAAACUGUUGCAUUCUUCUUUUGUGAUGCUUUUCCAGUGUUGAAGCACAGCUUCUUUCAGUUGUUGUUCGUUCUAGAGGGUCUCUUACAGUUUCAGUUACAUUUAUAUAGCGCUUUUCUUGACACGCAAAGCGCUUUACAUAGUAUGGUGGCAGGGUGGGGUCUCCUCAACCACCACUAGUGUGUAGCAUCCACCUGGAUGAUGUGAUGGCAGCCAUAGUGCCCCAGAAUGCCCACCACACACCAGCUAUUAGUGGAGAGUUUCUCCCUUCAGUCUCCUCGUCAGCAGGUGAAAUGAUACUCAAUUGGGUUAUGGUCUGGUGAUUGACUUGGCAAGUAUAAAACCUUCCCAUUUUUCCCCCGUGAUAAAGUCCUUUGUUAAGCUGACAGUGUGUUUUGGGUCAUUAUAUUGCUGCAUGAUGGAGUUCCUCCCAAUUAGAUUGGAUGCAAUUCUCUGUAUAUUGGCAGUCACAAUGUUUCUGUAGACUUCUGAAUUAAUUCUGCUGCUACCAUCAUGAGUUACAUCAUCAAUAAAGAUUAGUGAGCCUGUUCCAGAAGCAGCCAUGCAAGCCCAACCCAUGACACUACCUUCACCAUGCUUGACUGAUGAGCUCAUAUUAUUUUGGAUCAUGAGCAGAUCCUUUCUUUCUCCACACUUUGGCCUUUCCAUCACUUUGGUAGAUGUUAAUCUUCUUUGCAAAUUCCAAUCUGGCCUUCUGAUUCUUACUGCUGAUGAGUGGUUUGCAUCUUGUGGUGUGGCCUCUACAUUUCUGCUCUCAAAGUCUUAUUUGAACGGUAUAUUGUGAUAUCUUCACCCCUGCCCUGUGAUGGUUGUUGGUGAUGUCUCUGACUAUUGUUUGGGGGUUUUCUUCCCAGCUUUCACUUGUUGUAGUUUUCCUUGACCGACCUGUUCCAUGUCUGGUUGUUAGUACACCACAGGUUUCUUUCUUUUUGAGGUCAUUCCAAAUUGUUGUUGGCUAUGCCCAAAUGCUUGUGCAGUGGCUCUGAUAGAGCUCCCCUUUUUCUCAGCUUGCUUUUCUUCCAUAGACAGCUCUUUGGUCUUCAUAUUGGUUUAUCCUUGUUAACAAGAAAUGUAGUCUUCACAGGCGAAACCCAGCACUCAGACCAAUAGUAGAUAUUCAGAGCUAUUCGUUGUCUAAACAAUCAAUCUAACAGGGCACACCUGGACAACAAGAAACAUCUGCCAGUCAAAUAGUCCAAUAUUUUUGAUGACUUGAAAAAUGGGUGAGUUCAAACAAAGGGUGUCAUGUUCUAAGUUGUUUAACACAUCUAGAUGUAAAUAUCAGGAAAUGAAAGCUGAAAUUUUUGAUAUAUUGUCUAAUAUUCAUCUUUUGAAACCCAAAUGUCUUCACUCUGUAGCAAAAACAUUCAGAGGGGAUUGUAUAUGCUUAAGUCAUGCUUAUCUGCUUAUCUAAACAUACAUCUGUAAAGUACAUUUUCACUUGCUAAAACCUAUUUAUCCUUUAUUUGUUAACAUUAAACAUAGUUCUGAGAAUUUGAGGAACACUUCAUUUUGUAGCUUCUGUUAUGGCUACAACUGCAAAAGUCUCAAUAAAAGAGCUUCACUUUUCA